AUGGAGACAUCAAUGACUCUGGAGGAGCAUGUCACCAUGCUCCAGUUGCUCCCUGAUAACCAGAAGCAGUUUGACCUUUCUGAGUGGGAAAAGGGUGCUGUGCUGGGACCAGAGAUGCUGCCUUUCUGCUGUCUCAUCCUCCUUGGGGGCCUCCUGCCCCCCUCCCAGGGCCUCCUCAACCUGGGCAGUGUCCUUGGUCUGAGCCCAGCACAAUCCAAAGACGGCAUCCUUGGUGGGGAAGGCCUUGGCAAUGGUCUCCUUGGCAAUAAAAACCUUCUUGGGGAGAAAGGUCUGCUUGGCACAGAUCUGCUUGGAAAAGGAGGUCUCUUAGGCAAUGGAAGUCUACUUGGUCUCGAUGGUCUUCUGGGUGAAGGAGGACUGCUGGGUGAUGGAGUCCAUUGCAAGUCAACACGCUUCGCCUGGUUGAGUGUGCUGAACCUUGAGAAUGUCCGAGUGUCGUGGAAGGUCCUUCGUGGAGGAGAGCUUGUGCUGAACCUGUACUCGAAGCUGGCAGUGUGCUUGCCAGGGAUUUUUCAGUUUCUGAGUGGAUCCUCGGUAGAAACAAACAUCACGUCACACAUCGCACUGACCCAAGACACCCCUGGUGACCUCAAGUUAGUGAUUAAAGAUUGCAACAACCUACUCAGUGGCUUCAAUGUCAACCUGCGGAAAGGCUUCCUCACCAAUCUGGUGAGCAGGUUGCUGAACUCUUCUCUUCAAUCUCUCAUACCUGCGCUGCUUUGCCCAUUAGUGAAUAUUUGGGUCAGCAUCAUCAAUAUUAAGCUACAAUUCCUCAACCGUGUCAUCCCUUUUGGGCUCCUGGGAAAAAUCCACUCUGCCCUCUCCAAUUUGCCGCUGACAUCCGGGCAGUUCGUGGAGCUGGAUUUGCAGAAAUCCCCUUUCCCAAGCGCCUUCAUCAACUGGCUCCUUCAGACCACAGCCGUCGAUCCUGGGAGCAUUCCGUAGCUGCGGGGAUGGCAGCGCCGUGGGGUGCCCUCGUGGGCGAUUCCCACUGCUCAGCCCCGAGGAGGAGGGAAGGGAGGAAGAUGACUCAAUAUACAGAAAAUAGAUGUGAAAAUGGAGAAACUCAAGCAAGCACUAUUUCUUCUGCAUUACAUUUCAGCCUUAUCAGUCUUUGGUGUCUCUGUCCAGCCCAGGGUUAGCCAUGCCGAUGGCUAGCCGUGCUGAUGGCUAGCCGUGCCGAUGGCUGCUGGCAGCAGAGCCAGAGGCAGGAGCCCCAGGUCGUGCCCGUGUGCCUUCCUGGCUGUCAUGGCCAUAAGCCACUCGUUGCGGCAACCACGAACAAAGGUCCUGCCCUGACCCUCAAGCCCUUCCCUACACACAGCCGAGCUUUGCCUGGACCGUGGCUGUGGUUUGGGCCAGGUAAUUGCUUGGCCCAGGGGAGACUUUCCUGGUGCUGGACCAAGACAGCCCAGCUGGUGGCAGCGAUUUGGUCCCCGUGCAGCUGCCCCAUGGGAAUUUUGUGAGUUUGCACCAACUGCACCAAAUUCCUGUGACGGGAAGAGAGAAAAGGCACAAAAGGAGAUGUGAUGUAAAUGCUUUGUCUUUGCUCUCCUUCUGCUUCUUGAUUAGUUGACCAUUUCAAAAGGAAAAUUUGCUGUUUCCAGUGAUUUCAUACAGUUAAAAAGAAGGCAAAAAAAGGCCUACAAGCUAAUCCAAACAUGUACUUAGCUGAUUUGCUCCCAAACAGUUAUGCUUUGAACUGAUCAGAGUCAAUGCUAUCCUGUCUUGUAAUCUCCAAGUGGAUUUGGAUGUGAUGCAUUGUGGGUGAGGCAGAUUCACAUCCCUUCUGUUACUCCUUACAAUAAAAAGGAUUUUUCUUCA